CCGCCCCUCGGCCGCCGCCGCCGCCGCCUCCCCCGCCGGCGCCAUGGCCGCUGCGGCCGGGGACGGCUCGGUGAAGCCACUGCAAUGCGCCAUGAAGCUGGCCAACGGGGCCAUCGAGCUGGACACCGGCAACCGGCCCCGGGAGGCAUAUACAGAAUACCUGAAGAGCAUCCACUACAUCUCCCAGGUGCUGCUGGAAGAAGUGGAGGCCACUAAAGAAGCUGGGGAAACUGUGACCCCUGAUACCUCAAAGAUGCUGAAGCUGGCGGAGCAGUGUCUGGAGAGGGCCCAGUCAACAGCUGCCAAGCUUGGGAAAACAUGCCUGAGGCCAGCCAUGCCUGUGGCUGCACCCGUGCCCUCCCCUACUAGUCGACAUCGCCGGGUGUACUCAGAUGAGGGAGGGAAGCUCUCUCCGUUCCUGCCACCUGAGAUCUUCCAGAAGCUUCAGGUCGUGGAGUCACAAAGCUCUAAGAAGGAGCUGACACCCCUGGAAGAGGCCUCCCUGCAGAAUCAGAAGCUAAAGGCUGCUUAUGAGGCCCGGAUGGCCCGGCUAGACCCCAGCCAGGCCAUGCAGAAGACAUCCCUGACCCUGUCCCUGCAGCGCCAGAUGAUGGAGAACCUGGUGAUCGCUAAGGCCCGGGAGGACACACUGCAGAGGAAGAUGGAAGAGCGCCGGCUGCGGCUGCAGGAGGCCGCCAACAAACCUGUCCUUCCUUCCAGGAGGUUCUGCAGCCAGGUUGCCCUGACCCCUGAGGAGCGGGAGCAGCGGGCCCUUUAUGCUGCCAUCCUGGAGUAUGAGCAAGACCAUGACUGGCCAAAGCACUGGAAGGCCAAGCUCAAGAGGAGCCCGGGGGACCUGGCCCUGGUGACCAGCCUGGUCUCCCACCUGCUCAGCGUUCCCGACCACCCCAUCUCCCAGCUCCUCAAGAAGCUCCAGUGUGCAGUGUACAGAGCGCUGUACCCCAUCGUGAGCAAGGGCACCGCCCCCGGCUGCUGUUCCCUGCCCCCGGACGCCGAUGGGCUGCUGGCUCCUGGAAGCCGGCGGCUCCGGCCUUCUCAGAGCCUCUACUGCAUGCCUUCCCCCCCGGAGCCCAGCCCAGCCCCAAGGCCCCCAGAUGGCCCUUGUGCCAGCCCACCCCGCCCCAGCAGCCCCGCAGGGCCUCCCUCACCCCAGCUGCUGGGCAAGGACAGCUCCUUCGAGGACCUAGAACAGUUCUUGGCUACUCCUGAGAGGAGGGGCUGGGGCCCUGGGGGGCGGCCUGAGCCCCAGACCCCAGGGGUGAGGAAGGAGCCUAUGCUGGAGCAGCUGAAGGGCACGGUGCAGGACAUACACGAUGCCAUCGACAGGCUGCUCUCGCUCACCCUCCUGGCUUUUGAAGGCCUAAACACGGCCGCCUCCAAGGACCGCUGCCUGGCCUGCAUCGAGGAGCCGUUCUUCUCCCCACUGUGGCCCCUGCUGCUGGCCGUCUAUAGGAGCGUUCACCGCCUGCGGGAGGCGGCCUUGAGCCGGAGCAUGGAGCUGUACAGGAAUGCGCCCCCGGCGGCCAUUGGCGUCCCCACCAGGCUCCUCCCACAGGACCCCCAAGCCGCAGGAACGGGCCCCUACCCCUACUGCGCCGCAGCCCAGGAGCUGGGGCUGUUGGUUCUGGAGAGCUGCCCCCAGAAGAAGCUGGAGUGCAUUGUUCGGGCCCUGCGGGUCAUCUGCGCCUGUGCGGAGGAUUACUACCGGGCCCGGGAGGCUGCACUGCAGCCUGGCAUCGCCGCUAUCAGUGGUGCUGAUGACCUGCUGCCCAUCCUGUCCUUUGUGGCGCUGAAGAGUGGCCUCCCUCAGUUGGUGUCGGAGUGUGCAGCCCUGGAGGAGUUCAUCCAUGAGAGGUACCUGAUUGGAGAGGAGGGCUACUGCCUGACAUCCCUGCAGAGCGCCCUGAGCUACGUGGAGCUGCUGCCCCGGCGGGCCCUGGGCAAGUAGUGGAGGACCGGCCGGCCAGGGACUGGCCAGGAGGCACCCGCAUGGGGCAGCAGGCCAGCCGUGGAGGGCCUCUUGCCCCCGCGUGACAUCAGUCCCCCAGGGCUCAAGGAGGCCCCUCUGCUCCUGGUAGGAUGAACGUCCUGGCCGCUGACAGCUAGCACGAGGACUGAAGGGGCUGUGGGCCUGGCCGAGGGCAGCUCUGCCCCCCUACAUUCCCGUGACGUUCAGAACCCCCUGAGCCAGGUUGUUGUCUGAGUCCAGAAGAGAGCUGAUCGCCCCCACAGAGGCCCAAAGCCCAGGUGGGUUCAGAUCGUGCUGUUUAUUUAUUGGACACUGACCACUCUGUCCUGGAGUCCCAAGUGUCCCCAGGACAUCUGCCCAUGUCUGGGACCUCUGAGCCACACUUCACCCUUGGCGGUGGGCAUGGAAAUCCUGAGACCCUCCACCGCCAAUCCCCACCCCCACUCAGCCCCUUUGGGGUCGGUGCGAACCCUGGGUCAGCACCUGCCUGUAGCCCAUCGCCUGCCCGCAACUGUUACAGGCUCCUGGGCAGCCACUGACCCAACUGGAAAUAAAAAGGU